AUGGCUGAAAUCGACUACGGCUACGCUCUGGAGGCCGUCGAGGCAACUCCAGUCGCCUCGGCGGACAUUGACAAGACCUUCCGCUCGAGCUGCAUCGACUUGGUCUCUGCGGCGCUUGGUGGCAAGAUUCUCGGCUUCUCGGACGAGUGGUUCGCCGAGGCCGCAAACCUCCUCAACCCUGCCGCGCCCAUCCGGCAGCCCGGCAAGAUGGUCUACACGGGCGCGUGGUACGAUGGCUGGGAGACGCGGCGGCACAACACGGCCCCGUUCGACUGGGUCGUGGUGCGGCUCGGCGUGGCCUCGGGCACCGUCGAUGGCGUCGAGGUCGACACGGCCUUCUUCUCGGGCAACCACGCGCCCGCCAUCUCGGUCGAGGGCUGCUUCAGCCAGAACGACGGCGAGGUGCUCUCGUGGCAGGGCGGCCGCGGUGGCUGGGAGCCCGUGCUGGACAUCAGGGAGUGCGGGCCCUCGCAGCGCUUCGCCUGGAAGCUCGCUGCUACUGAGAAGAAGCAUUACACGCACGUCCGCCUCAACAUGUACCCCGACGGCGGCAUCGCGCGGUUCCGCCUCUUCGGCCACGCCGUGCCCGUGUUCCCCGACGACGCCGGCGCCGUGUUCGACCUAGCCGCUGCGCAGAACGGCGGCGUCGCCGUCUCGUGCAGCGACCAGCACUUUGGCACCAAGGACAACCUGCUGCUGCCGGGCCGCGGCAAGGACAUGGGCGACGGCUGGGAGACGGCGCGGUCGCGCGGCAAAGCCCACGUCGACUGGGCCAUCGUGCGCCUGGGCGCCCCGGGCUACCUGCAGAACUUCGUCGUCGACACGGCCCACUUCCGCGGCAACUUCCCGCAGCAGGUCAGGCUCGAGGCCGUCGAGUGGAGGGGCGGCGGCGGGCCCGGGCCAGACGCCCCCGGCUGGACCGCCGUCGCCGAGCCCAUCAAGUGCAAGCCCGACCACGAGCACCCGGCCGACAGCUUGGUGAGCGACAGGCAGUUUACCCACGUCAAGCUCACCAUCGUGCCCGACGGCGGCGUCAAGCGGCUGCGCGUCUUUGCCAAGAGGGCCGUCUGA